CUAAUCUAAUAACAUACCCCUCUCUCCCUCGUCUUUCUUUUCAGCUAAGCAAAAACGAAAACACGCCAUAGAAAAUUCCACCUUCCAUUGACCAGAAAUCUCAUCAACUCCUCAUACCAAAUUAAUUACUCAGAAAUUUUGAUCCGGUUUCAGUUACUUCUGAUCAGUACUUCCGUUCCUCCGCCACUGUACUACCAGUACUAGCUAUGGCGGCCCCGUCGUCCACCACCACCACGAACAUCAUGCUUGCGAUCGUCGAGAAGAAGACCAGCUCUCUCGACCUCUAUAGGCCGCUGCGCAACUUUAUAGUGAUUAAUUAUUCUGAGCGUGAGGCGCAGAAUUUGGAGGACGAUCUCCAGACGCUGAAGCAGCUACGCUCCGACGUCGAGCGUGGUGGGACAGCGGAUUCUCCCCCGGCUCGCCGUGACCUCCUCCAGAAUUACUAUAAAGCCCUUUGCGCGGUGGAGUCCAGGUUCCCGAUCUCGCCGGACAAGGAUCACGUCAAUACGGUGACAUUUACGUGGUUUGAUGCUUUUAAGCCUAAGCAGAAGGCUUCGCAGCAGAAUAUUCAUUUAGAAAAAGCCGCAGUGUUGUUUAAUUUGGGAGCUGUGCACAGCCAAAUUGGACUAAGUUCAGAUCGAUCUGCAGUGGAGGGAAGGAGACAGGCUUCACAUUCAUUUAUAGCAGCAGCUGGAGCAUUUGCAUUUUUAAGGGAUAAUGUAGCCAUGAAGGCAUCUGUGGGGAGCUCAACCACCCUGGAUCUUUCGGUGGAGUGUGUGGGGAUGCUGGAGCGGCUGAUGUUAGCUCAGGCACAGGAAUGUGUAUAUGAGAAUACUAUAGCUAAGGGGAGCAGUCCUGGAGUCUGUGCAAAGAUUUCAAGACAGGUUGGGCUAUUUUAUGAGGAAGCUCUGGCAGCAUUACAUGUUGCCCCUUUGAACCAGCACUUUGACAAAGCUUGGAUUGCGCAUGUUCAACAUAAGGCAGCUUUAUUUUAUGCAGAGGCCUGCUAUAGAUAUAGCUUAGAGCUGCAUGAGAAGGAAGAGAUUGCUGAAGAAAUUGCACGUUUGAAAAGUGGGGUCAAUGCCUUGUUGGAGGCGAAGAAAACAUCACCCAAAGGAGCCGCUCAGCAGCUACUGGAUGCAAUUAAUAAACUAGAAAUUAAUUUAAAUCGUAACCUGGAGAGGGCUGUGAAGGAGAAUGAUAGGGUCUACCUGAUGAGGGUUCCUCCUGUGAGUUCUUUACCACCACUUCCCACUUUUUCCAUGGUUAAGCCUAUGCCAAUGAAUGAGAUCUUGGAUGCUAGCAGGGAGAAGAUGUUUGCCAGUCUUGUUCCUGAUAGUAGUGCAAAAUCCCUUUCUAGGUAUACUGAAAUGGUUGAUGAAAUCAUUAGAACCCAGGCCGAGAAACUGCAACAGGGAAGUGAACUAGCUCGAGUAAGACUGAAGGAAAUGGAUUUGCCUGAUUCCAUUCUUGCAUUGGAAGGGAAUUUUACUCUGCCAACAGCUUUAAAAGAAGAUGUUGAGGCAGUACAGAUUUGUGGAGGCCCGGCUGGUUUAGAAGGUGAGCUCCAGCAACUUAAAGAUUUAAGGAGGGUAAACCAUGAGUUGUUGGUGCAGACGGAGGAGCAGUUGCAGAAAGAAGCAACAGAGGAUGCACAGUUCAGAAACCAAUUUGGAACUCGGUGGACAAGGCCACAAUCCAUUACCUUAACAAAGAACUUGCAGGACAGAUUAAAUAGGUUUGCCGCAAAUUUGAAGCAAGCUGCAGAAAGUGAUGCUCGGAUUGAGAGAUCUAUCAGAGAACAUUCUGCACUUUUAUCUAUCCUUGACUGCCGUCCAAUUGAAUCUGCCCUGCCAAGUCUUGCAAGGCCAAUAAUGUCUCUGGAUGCAAGUGAAGAUGCUAUAGUGGGAGCCCUGAAGCAGAGCUUGAGGCAAUUGGAGACUCUUGGUGCUCAGAGGGCAGGUCUUGAGGACAUGCUGAAAGAAAUGAAGAGGAAGGAUGAUAUACUACCCAAGUUGAUGACCUCCACAGGUUCCCAUGAGGAUCUCUUUAGGAAGGAGAUAUCAAAGUACGAUCAUGUUUGUGAAGAAAUUGCUAAAAACCUUGAAGCUCAAGAACAACUGUUGAUGCAUAUUCAGGCCCAGAAUGAUGAGUUUGCUGUUAUCUUUAACCUUGAAGAUUAUAAAGCAUCUCGUGAGAAAAGCUACAAACAGAUUGAAGCUGCCAUAGCUAAAUUCAGGGAAGUUAAGGAGAACAUCAAUGAAGGACUGAAGUUCUAUGUUACCCUUCAGGAUGCUAUAACAAUUGUGAAGCAACAAUGCAGCGACUUUGUGAUGACUCGAAGUAUCCAGUGCCGAGAAAUGAUUGAUGAUGUUCAGAGGCAAAUAGCAGGUCUUAGUUUUCAGGAUGGCAAAACCACCGCUGGCUACUCAUAUCCUUCGACCGGGCAUGCUCAUCUGACUCAAAGAUCCAAUUCUCAACCAGAUCCGGGGAACACAUCAAAUACAUCUCAUCCUCAAACUCCCAUUUACCAGCCGCCUCAGCAGCCAACAGUACCUGCCUACACUCAAAGUCCUUAUGGCUCCUCUCAACAUCUGCCCCCACCCUAUCAUGCUUCCAUUUCAAGUCCUCCGUACACUCCUCCCCCAAACCAACAUCCUACAGUGAGCCAUGAAUAUGGGCAUCCAGCAUAUCCCGGUUGGCAGGGGCCAUACUAUAAUGCACCUCCUCAGCAAACUGGAUCUAUGCCUCCCGCUCCUUACACUGUUCCAUCUCCGUAUCCACCUUCCCACCAGAGCGGCUACUACAGGCAAUGAUAAGUUUUUGUUUAAUGAGUCACCUUUUUUCUCCUCGUCUGUGGAAUGCUGUUGUAUAGUUGGAUUCUAGAUCUAGCUGUCAUUAAGUCAUUUGGUAAUGAUGCAACUUGCGGCUCACAUCAUGCAAUAAUAUACAGAGUGCUACUUUCCUCCCAUUUUAGUAUAUUACUGUAUCAGACAUUUAUGAAGCGUACUGCAAAAUACUGCUGUUGCAAUACAAUUGCGUAAACAAUCUUCAUAUGAAUUUCUCGCUUACUUCA